CUCGCAUGGGAAGUUGAAUUAUCAGCUGAUCAUGGUGUUUUGGAUGGAAGUUGCAUUUGGCACGGAGGGGCUCUUUCUUUAUCAUCUUAAGCAAAUCUUAAACGUCAGAGACACCGGAAAAUAAAGCUGCAUGUAAUAUUGCGCGACCUCCAACACGCGAAACGGCGGCCCCCGGAGAAAUCCGCGUUAUUAUGAACAGAUGGUGGCCAUAAGUGGUGAUCUGUUUGCUUGCUGUUAAAUCAUCGGAAAGAAAGAAAACAACGUCAGGCGAGGCUCGUGCGAAUCUGAUGUGUGUAUGUUGACUUAUCUCGGGCAGUGAUCGUUGCCAUAAUUAGCCUAAAUGUAUGUAAUUUAUCUGUUUGGACACGACAUUUUCUCCGUUUGAUGUAAUAAUUAGUAGCUAAUGUGUUUUAUGUGAUUUAGGAGCAAGCCAACGGUCAGAUCAAAGUGUUUGUUGUUGUUUUUCUUUUCUUUUUACAACAUACAGCAGUUAUAUUAUUUGUUCGCCUAUAUAUUGGUUAUAAGAUAAAUAACGUCUUGUAUUAAUUCAUGCUUAUGGAAGUUGAUAAAAGAGUAACAACCUGUAACAAAUUCUUCAUUUAUUGACAUCGGGUCGCUGUGAAUGACAUACAGUUUACUUGUUUAAUUUAAUUAAGCUUUGUCAUACUGACCUUUUUAUUAGUGUGUAUCUGUUGUUCGUUUUAUAGUGUUAUUUAUAAGCAUGGUGCCAGUGGAAUGCGUUGAUAACUGGAUUGCAUCACUUGUAUUUUGACAUAUCUGACGUCAGUGGUGUCCUGUGUCUCUCAAACUGUGUUUAAAGCGUGUGGGAGAUUUUUAAUCAUACUACUUCGUUAUAUUUUGACUGAUUUGUUGAUUUAACGGUGGAUUAUCCAAGAUAUUUCGAAAGGGAAGACUCAGAUCUGGCACAGUCAGAGAUCCUCGUUGAUAUUCCCAAUUUCUCCCCGCCAAUGCUGGACCUGGAGGUCGUUCCUGAGCGAUCUUUAGGAAAUGAACAAUGGGAAUUCGCAUUAGGGAUGCCAUUGGCCCAGGCCAUUUCGAUAUUACAGAAACACUGCCGAAUCAUCAAAAAUGUCCAGGUGCUCUACAGCGAACAAAUGCCACUCAGCCACGACCUCAUUCUCAACUUGACUCAGGAUGGAAUUAAACUGCUGUUUGAUGCCUGCAAUCAGAGACUGAAGGUAAUUGAAGUGUACGAUUUGAGCAAAGUGAAACUGAAAUACUGUGGAGUACAUUUUAACUCUCAGGCAAUAGCACCUACUAUUGAGCAGAUUGAUCAGUCUUUUGGCGCUACUCAUCCAGGAGUCUACAAUGCUGCCGAGCAGCUCUUCCACCUGAACUUCCGAGGGCUUUCCUUCUCUUUCCAGCUGGACUCGUGGAGUGAAGCUCCUAAAUAUGAGAUUCCCCAUGGGGCCACUGUCAAACGGAUGUACAUUUACUCUGGAAACAACCUUCAAGAAACCAAGGCUCCAGUGAUGCCUCUGGCCUGUUACCUCGGUAAUGUGUAUGCAGAGAGUGUGGAGGUGUUAAGAGAUGGGGCAGGACCGCUGGGUCUCAAACUUCGCCUACUCACUGCAGGAUGUGGCCCGGGAGUGUUGGCUGAUGCGAAAGUGCGAGCCGUUGAGAGAAACAUCUACUUUGGAGAUUCUUGUCAGGAUGUUUUGAGUGCUCUUGGCUCUCCACAUAAGGUCUUCUACAAGUCAGAGGAUAAGAUGAAGAUCCAUUCACCCUCCCCUCACAAGCAAGUCCCAUCCAAGUGUAAUGACUACUUCUUUAACUAUUAUAUUCUGGGAGUGGAUAUACUGUUUGACUCUGCAACCCACCUGGUCAAAAAAUUUGUCCUUCACACCAACUACCCUGGCCAUUACAACUUCAACAUAUAUCAUCGGUGUGAUUUCAAGAUUCCUCUCAUCAUUAAGAAAGAUGGGGCAGAUGCUCAGAGUGAGGACUGCAUUUUGACCACCUACAGCAAAUGGGAUCAGAUUCAGGAGCUGCUAGGACACCCCAUGGAAAAACCAGUUGUGCUCCACAGGUCAUCAUCAGCAAACAACACCAACCCUUUUGGUUCCACAUUCUGCUUUGGACUACAGCGGAUGAUAUUUGAGGUCAUGCAGAAUAACCACAUAGCUUCUGUGACUCUCUAUGGAGCUCCUCGUCCAAGUAGCCUGGCUCGUGCUGAUCCAAGCACCCACUGAGGAAGCCGUGCCCAUCCAGCCCUGCAGAGCCUCUGAACUGAACAGCAGAGUGUGCCUUCACUCACUGCUGCCAUCACACAAGCUAAAGCAAGACAUGCUGGGAGUUCUCUGGAGUUGAAUUCCCCUUCCCCCGCCCACUCUUCACAUUUUAAUAGAGGCCCCAAUUCGGUCUCCUCCUCUGGUAAUAGCAUGGAGGCUGCCCUCAGCCUGCUAAUGAACCUAAAUAACCGUGCAAACCUGGCUUUGCCCCCAAAGCUUUAACCCAGACAUGCAUCAACAUCAACAGCAUCGUUAUAAUACUUGUGGAUGCACAGUGAUCCAGUGAUCCACACAAGCAUAUUUGUUUGUUUUUUUUGCCUAACCUUCUAAAAUUUCCAUACCAGACGCACCAAAGGGCAAACAGUGAAGCGAUUUCUCCUCUGCAUGGUAAACACUUUAACAAAAACGCACAUGAAUUCUACUUUAUUUGCUUUCCAUCAAGCAAAGGAUGAGAGCAAAGUCAAAUGAGGACAAACUUUCGCAGCAAAAUUCAAUGACGAGUGUUUUGUAUGCAUUUAUGCGAGGUUCCAAGCACAAGCUAGCACAGUAUGGAUCCAGUGCUGUGAAAAUGUUUUUGUGUCACAUGAGCAGGCUCCCAUACACACAUAACGAUUCAUAAACUCAUUUCAUACCAAGUCAGCAGCACAGAUUACCUCCCAUUUCAAUAGCGUACAUCGGCUUUACGGUUGAUUCUGUUAUUGUUUUGUUGUUCGUGAGCGCAUUCGUUUUGAACAUUUGCACUAAAAUACACCUAAUUUACUUGAUAAUUGUCUCCUGUCCACUGAGGAACGUUUUAAUUGCCGAGUCUCUGAGGGAAAGGUCAACGGGGGAGGGAACGACGACGUGCAAUCUGGAUUUCAAAGCUAUUAGCGAGAAAAGCCAUCCACCCAUCACUGUUUCUCCUUCCCGCUGAAUUUUGUUUGCGUCUUUUUUUUUGUCCACAGUACAAAGAUGUGAAGUUCUUUUACCUUAUUCAGUAUCUUAAAGUCUUAACUGCAGAAUUGUCUUCUGUCGCCUGAUUGCCAAAACGUUAGCCAAAGAAGAAACAAUGGUUAGCUCUCUGUCGUUUUAAAUUCACAUCGUAAGAACAUUCCCUUUUGAUUUGAUCCAUACAGUCGCUGAACAGUUUUUAGCAUAGUGGCUCAAUCGAUUGAUUGGUAAGUAGACAUGAUGUUGUCUGUAGCCAUGUCCAUGUCUGUACAGAUCUGUAAAUAACGUACACCAUUUUCAUUGUUUCAUCAGCCUAAUGGUACCAUAUCAGAUCAGCUGACAUCUGGAACUCCCCUACACUGCUAACAUACUGAGAGUUUUUGGUUUUCUUUGCCAGCCCUUGAAGGGACACUAUAGCAGCUUCCGUCUACUGUUGUCCUGGAUGAAGUCACCUACAUUUGACCACUUUCAGGAGGAUUUAACAAUGAUGACUAGUGCAUUUUAACUUUAGUUGAUGGUUUGUUCACCUCUAACUGCUGUGCUGCCUGGCAGCGAGGCCCCCAGAGCUGUCAAGUUUGGGUUCGCUGGUGUCAUUCCCACCUCCCUUCAGGCUUCUGCAGUGUGUGGUUCAGGCUAAUUCGGGCAUUUUUAGCUUUCUGUUACAUUAACUGCGCUGGAAGGCUGUCAGUGGUGUUUUUAAUAUAUUUUACCCUUAGCUUUUGGUCAUUUAAAAGGAAGAUGCUAUUAACAUUGUGCCUCAUCUCCUACCGAGCCUGUCUUGACUUUUUCUCUGUAAAUGAAAUUGUUUGAAAAACUGCUUUGUGUAUGUCUGAGCAUGUAAAACUUA